AUGGAAAAUAUUAAAACUAUUAAAGAAUAUAUUGAAAUUGGUAAAGAUAGAAGUGGUAAUAAUUCACCAAUAUUUAAAUUAUAUUAUGAAAGUUAUGGUGAAAUUGAAGCACCAAUUAAAAUUAUAUUCAUUGCAGGAUUUAUGUCAAGUGGGAAGAACGAUUAUUAUAAACAAGUGGAAUAUUUUAUGAAACAAGAACUUGUUAAUAAAUGCUACCAAAUUGUUAUAUUUGAUAACCGUGGUUCUGGCAACUCUGGCACUCCCAAUAAAUUUUCAACAUUCGAUAUGGCAUUGGAUAUGAUAGAAUUAAUGGACCAUUUAGGAUGGGACUCUGCACAUGUCAUCGGUGCGUCCAUGGGCGGCAUGAUUGCGUUGGAAUUGGCAACGGUUAUACCCCCACAAAGAAUUCGCUCACUUACAUUAGCAGUAACCCACGCAGGCCAUACAAUUACACCCAUCAAAGGUACAAAAGCAGUAACAAAAUCAAUUUUCACAUCUGAUCCAAUUAAAAAAUCACAAAUUACAAUUGAUUCGUUAUAUUCCAAAGAGUAUUUAUCGAAAUUGUCCAUCGAAGACCCAAGUAGGUCAAAUAAAGAUGUUUUGACAGACAUUUUCGUCGACAGAUUAAAAACCUCAAAAAAACCAUCACUAAAUGCAAUUAUGGGUCAUUUUAAAUCAGUGUUAACUCAUUACAUAUCUGAAACUAAAUUAAAGUAUAUUAGUAAUCAAGAAUUUCCAAUACAAAUAAUCACUGGAACAAAUGAUCAUUUAGUUGAUCCAAAGAAUUCGUUUUAUUUGAAAUCCAAAUUAAAUCCUUGUGAAUUUACAGUUUUUCAAGGUUGUGGUCAUGCUGUAAAUACUGAAAGAUUAAAUGAUUUUAAUAAUUUAAUUCAAUCCCAUAUAAAUCGUUUUAUACCUGAUCAUAAUAUUUUAAAUCAAUAUUUAAAAAAAUAA